AGGAAGAUUAGAAUCAGAAAAUAUGGGUCGGGCCCCCUGCGCAGGGCCCAGCAUUAUAAGUCUGUGAGUCGAGACUUCCCCAGUGGUCUAGUGGCUAAGACUCUGCACUCCCAAUGCAGGGGACCUGGGUUUGAACUAGAUCCCACAUGCUGUAAAAGAUACUGCAUGCAACUAAGACCCAGUGCAGCCUAAUACUGAAAUUAAAAAGAAAAAGAAACUCUGCACUUCCAAUGCACAGGACCUGGGUUCAAUAAGUGGUCAGGGAACUAGAUCCCAUAUACUGCAUGGCAUGGCCAAAAAAUAUAUAUAUAUAUAUAUAUAUAUAUAUAUAUCCCCCCAAUUAUAUUUCAAUUAAAGUAAGUAAAUAAAUACUUUAGAAAAGUUUAAAAAAAUUAAAGUCUGCAAGCCAUGGUGAGCUGUGCCCUCACUAUCCCUGUGAUCACACUGGUUGUGAUUUAGAGAAUCAAGCACAUGUGCUGGUACACAGCAGGUGCUCAGCAAAUGCUCUUUUUGGAAUUAAAUGGACCUGGGCUCUCCUCCUGGCUCAGGGGAACUUUCCCUCCCUGAGCUUCGGUUUGCCAAUUGCAAAACGAGGCUUGCCCUGGUCCACGUCAUCUUUCACCUCAGCGGGCACCAUAGCAGCACCCGGCAGAGAGGACCACUUCGAGGACGGGAUGACGAACGCCGGUCCAAGCAUCCUUACGUCGUGGAGUGUCAGCAUCCUCGCUCCCCAGCAGGUCGGCAGGCCAGCCUGCCCCCUUGGAUUCUGACACCCCUCCCCCACCUAUGACCUCAGCCCCAGAGCGGCCAGUGGGAACCCUGGGGAGGGGGGCGCAUCUGUGAGGUCACCCCCAUUCCGCUCCACAGAGACUCCUGUCGGGCAGCGGCCGCUGGCUCAUCUCCGUCGCCGGGGGGGUUUCUGAGACCCGAGGAUUUAAAUCCUCUUAAGAGCAGUGGUCACAACGGAGCUUCGGAGAAGGACGCGGAGCGUCGGGAACUGAGGACACGCCGAUUGCUGGGCCUGGGAGAUCAGAGGUCCCAAGGGCGCGAGGCCUGUCUUUCAGCAGUUCCGGGAGGCCCGGGAAGCCCACGGCCUGGCUGGGGCACCGUCACCGCCGCCAGGCCACCAUGGUCCUCGGCUGGCUGCCGCUUCUGGUGAUGGUUCUGGCCCCCGGCACGACAGGCGUCAAGGACUGCAUCUUCUGUGAGCUGACCGACUCCACGAGCUGUCCCGGCACCAGCAUGCGCUGUGGCGAUGACGAGGACUGCUUCACAGGCCACGGGGUGGCCCCCGGCGUCGGCCCCAUCAUCAAUAAAGGCUGCGUGCACGCCACCUCAUGUGGCCACGAGGAGCCCAUCAACUACAUGGGCGUCACCUACAGCCUCACCACCAACUGCUGCACUGGCCACAUGUGUAACGGGGCCCCCGACCCCACGUGCGGCCGCUUGGCGGGGGCCGCUGCCAGCCUGGCGCUGGGUGUGCUGCUGCUGCUCCGACACGUGCCGUGACCGACCUGGAGGGCAGGGCCCGGGGCUGGUCUCCCAGCUGCGUUGCUCCCCCUGCCCCCCACCUCCAUCCCCUUCCCCCAUUAAAUGGCCAGAGGCCCUGGACACCCUCUCGUGGCCCUGGCCUCAUCCAUUCUAGGGCUGCCCACCGGAGGAGCCCAGUGCUCUGGAAGCAGCCCCAGGCCCUCCAAUUUAGUGAUGGGGGAGCCAUGUCCGACGGGUUGGACUGGACUACUGUAUUUCAUUGGUUCUAAGACGCGUUAUUUUUUCAGAUUGGGAUCAGGAUGUCUCUUUCCUUUGGUGGCACCUUAGAGUCUAUGAAAUAUGGUAAAAAACAAAAACAAAAACAAAAAAAUCAAAUAAUAAUAAAUGACAGCUGAUGUUGAUGCAGCACAUGUUAUGUUCCGUGCCAGGCAUGAUUAUCUUACAGAAUCCCCAAGUGAAGCUGAGAACAAAGAUUCUCUUCCAAAACUUCCCAGUCUUGGGAAUUCCCUGGUGGUCCUGUGGUUAGGACUCCGCACUUUCACUGCCCGGGUCCCCGGGUUCAAUCCCCUGGUUGAGGAGCUGAGAUCCAGCCAGCUGCGACGCGCAGCCCAAAAAAAAAAAAAAAAAAAAAAACCCAACGUCCCAGUCUUGAUGCUAGCAGUGCUCAAAGGGUGGUCCCCGGACCAGCAACAUCAGCAUUAACCUGGAACUUGCUAGAAAUGUCAAUUCUCGGGCCCCAGUCCAGGCUGGCUGAACAGGGGUGGGGCCCAGAAAUCUGGGUUUUAUUUAUCAAGUCACCCAGGUGACUCUGGGGUCUGCUCACAGUUGAAAGCCACCAGGCCAGGGCAAAGGUAAUCAACUGGGCACUUCUGCCCCCGGCAGGGGGCACCUGGCAAUGUCUGGAGAUGAUUUGGGUUGUCAUAACUGGGGAAGCUGGAUGCUACCAAUAUCCCCUGGGUAGGGGGCCAUUCAGCCCAAGAAAGCUCCCCCACAAUACAGAAUCAUCCAGCCCCAAACACGAGCAGUACCUGUCUUGAGAAACCUUGCUCUAAACACACUAACGGGACCAUCCCAUUGUCUAGAGGGAGAAACUGGGGCACAGAGAGGGGAAGUCAGUUGCACAAAGUCACACAACCAGUGACUUCCAGCUAGGAUUUGACCCCAGGCCGUCCGGCUCGGAGUCCACAUGCCCUGCUCCAUGCUGUUCCCAGGAAGUAAACGUGGCUAUUUUCACACUUUGCAGAUGGGAAAACUGAGGUUCAGAGUAAGGGGAGGUACCAGCCCAGUGUCCCAGAGCUAAGAAGUCACAGAGCCAGGUUCCAGGGUCACUCGGGCCCCAGGGAGAGAAGAGGAGGGACAGGAGAAUGGUCUGAGGACCGGGCCAUUUGUACACCAGCUCUGACUUUGGUGUCCUUGCGUGCGUGCUAAGUCGCUUCAGUCGUGUCCGACUCUGUAUGACCCUAUGGAGUGUAGCCCGCCAGGUUCCUCUGUCCAUGGGAUUCUCCAGACGAGAACACUGGAGUGGGUUGCCGUGCCCUCCUCCUGGGGAUCACCCCGACCCAGGGAUGGAACCCACGUCUCUUAUGACUCCUGCAUGGGUGGGCGGGUUCAUUACCACUGGGCCACCUGGGAAACUCUCUGACUUUUGCACAGAGGUGGAGACAGCCACCCAAAGCAGAGCUUGUACUCCAGUCCGGGUCCCCCUGGCAUGGGAGCUCCCACACACCGGGAGAGCAGUUUCCCAGAUGAUGAAGUGCAGGCGCCAAAGAGAUGAAGACUUACCCCCAGGCCACAACCCCGCCUGGUAGGAGGUUCAGUGCCAGCCUGUUCUGCCACAAGACCCCUCCUCUCCCGGGCAGGGAGGGGUACAGACCCAUCUUACAGGGGAGAAAAGAGAGUCUGGGGAAGGGCACGCCCCACUGCCGGCUGAGGGGCAGCCGGGGACCGGAGGCUGGGCAGCGUGGGGUCGGGGGCGCCGC